UUAGUUAUUAGAGAUUCUACAUGCAUGAUGCAGCAAGUUGUGUAGUUGCUAUUGCUCGGUGAAAGCCUAGUUCUGAAAAUAAUAGCGAAGAUGCUGGCUAAUUUUUUCUUGAACGCUGCCGCACAUACGUCGGACUGAAAUAAUUCCCUUUUUUUCUCGAUGAAGCAAAUGUAUAGGAGUUUUUGCGAAUUUGCGACUGCUGUGUACGACUUGGCUGAAAAAGCCUCAAACAGGUAGUAGCGCUGAACUGCUGAAGACGAGACGGUUGUGCUCAGGCACUUCGGAUCUGAAAUCUUGAGGCGCCCAAUCGGUGUUCCACCACAUCCCCCGUCGGUACCAUGUCCGCCGGAAGCGAGAGGCCGUACACCUUCGCGACCCCCUCGGUGGUCCCGGGCCCCUUCUCCCGCGGCUCCGGCUCCGCGCCCACCCCCACCGCGGCCGCGACAGAUAGCACUGGGAGGAGCUCGUCCUCCGGGGCGCCGACGAAGAGCCGAAAGCCGCCGUUCCGGCUCGCCGUGGACGACACAAAGCCCGUCCUCCGCGAUCCGAUAUCACGGUCGGACCUGGCGGAUACCGAGCAGGUCGUGCUGCGGCUGCCGCCCUUCCCCUAGGAUCGCGCUCCACGCCACCCGAUGUUCUUUGCUCAACUCAACCAUAUUAAUCGAAAGAAUGGUGCCCUUCCUGUGCAUGUUCGUCAACUCGUCAGUUUGUUGAUUGGAAACUUUGCCCAUCUAAUUAUGGUUCUGGACCAUUAAUGAUUUUUGUAUUUAAUUGGUAAACUGAGUUAUAUAUAGAGGUAAUGAUAAUUGGUGAUCUACAUACAUGUUUGAUUUAUCCUGUUAAACUACUAGUAUCAGAAUUUACACAAGUGGUGCUGAGGCUGAGAAACUAGCCAUAUGUAUGGCAUCUGCACAUCUAUCACAAGGAAAUCCCCUUAGGUCAAGGGUUCGAUAGUUA